GAGAUAACUGAGGAAGGCGCGAAUGUUUUUUAGCUCGAUUCGUAAUCAGAUAGUGGUGAUUAUCUCGCGAUUAAAUAGCGGUCGGUCGGAAUGGAAUAAACGAACGAGGAAAUAACCUUUUCGGUUUUACGUUGUAACGGGCGCAGCUCGCACCUCGUUGGAAGAACGUGCUGUAUAUGAAGUGACGAAGUUUGAUCGAUUGUUUGUUUAUUGCGAGGUACGCAACAGUUAUGCGCGUCUACGUGUGAAUGUUCUUUGAUUUUCUUCUGUGCUCGCCUCCAAAUUCACCUUUACGUAAAACACUCGGGGAAUUAAUUUUUAAAUCAUUCGGACUUUUAAAUCCACGUUUUUUUUUAUACGAGAAGAUCGCGUACUGCGAAGUUGCUUUUCUCUCACCGUAGCUUCGUUUUUUACAUCAUUUUAAAAUCGAAGAAUGUAGGAUAGAAGACUUAUAAGUGUCUUACACAGGAAAAUUUCACCGUUCAUUUUCCGAGAGCCUUGGUGCUGUUGCACAACGGUUGGCGAUUAUCUAAAAUAUCUAAAUGAUGGAGAAACCUGUAUCAUCCGACAUAGUCAUCAUCGCGGGUAAUUCUCACCCGGAACUUGCCAACCUAAUCGCAAGUCGUUUAGGUGUGAAGACUGGUGGAUGCUCCGUAUAUCACAAGUCCAACCGUGAGACGAUGGUGGAGAUAGGGGAUUCUGUACGUGGCAAAGACUUGUACUUGAUCCAAACCGGUACAAAGGAUGUGAACAAUAACAUAAUGGAGCUUCUUAUCAUGGCCUACGCCUGUAAGACAUCGUCAGCUAAAAAUAUUGUCGGAGUGCUCCCAUACCUACCUUAUUCCAAGCAGUGCAAAAUGCGCAAACGUGGUUGCAUAGUGUCCAAGCUCUUGGCAAAGAUGCUUUGUACAAGUGGUCUAACUCACAUUAUUACUAUGGAUCUUCAUCAGAAAGAAAUCCAAGGGUUUUUCGAUGUUCCUGUAGAUAAUCUGAGAGCUAGUCCAUUCCUACUGCAGUACAUUCAAGAAUCCAUUCCUGACUAUCAUAAUUCUGUGAUCGUUGCAAGAAAUCCAGGUAGCGCAAAGAAAGCAACUAGCUAUGCAGAGAGACUGCGGCUGGGAAUUGCAGUGAUUCAUGGAGAGCAGCGAGAGGCAGAAUCCGACAUGAAUGACGGUCGUUAUUCACCGCCCGCGCUGGCAAUGGCCGCGCGUACCAUGGAAGUCGGCGUGGGUGUACCUUUGCAUCCAGCGAAAGAAAAGCCGCCUAUAAGCGUCGUCGGAGAUGUUGGAGGACGUAUCGCUAUUAUGGUGGACGAUAUGAUAGAUGAUGUACAAUCGUAUGUAGCAGCUGCUGAGGUACUUAAAGAAAGAGGGGCUUAUAAAAUAUACGUCUUAGCUACGCACGGCCUGCUUAGCUCAGACGCACCUAGGCUCAUCGAAGAGUCUCCAAUCGACGAGGUGGUUGUAACUAAUACGAUUCCGCACGACGCGCAGAAAAUGCAAUGUCCGAAAAUCAAGACUGUCGAUAUCAGUAUUCUCUUGGCGGAGGCGAUUCGGCGUAUACAUAACAAGGAAUCGAUGUCUUACCUGUUUAAGAAUGUAACUUUGGAGGAUUAGGAAACGAGCGGACUAUUGCAUAUAAGAUAUUACAGUUCAAUCAUGAAUAAACGACAGCUGAAAGUCGCACGAUUCGAUGCUGGGGACCAUGUCCGAAAUACAUAUCCGUCUUUUGCUUUUCUAUGCUAUUUUUAUAUUUCUUCAUCUCGAAACGGCAGUGAACAUAAACUAGUCCCUUGCGUUUAUGAGUGAUAAUAAUCGGCCGAAUGUCUUAACAGUAUAUAUAUAUAUAUAUAUAUAUAUAUACAUAUAUAUAUAUAUAUAUAUCUCCUUUGUAGUCAUAUAUAUUUUUCUUGUAUAGCUUUGUAUAGUCGGAUAGAAGUCACUACUGUGAUUAUGCAGUAUUAGGUACUACCGAGUUUUAGGGGCUGGAAAGUCUUAUAAAUGUAAUGUCCGUAAAUAUUGUGCUUAUAGUGACCUAGCGCUAGUUUUACUGUAUAAUUCUAACAAAUCUUUCCUUGUAUUUUAGACAGACACAAUAAAUCUAUUUCAAGAUA